AUGGAAGAACAGCAACGAGACGCUGAACUCUCACUCUGCACAUUUGCGCCUCAAAUUCUCUCUAGAAGUCGGAUCCUCGCUUCCCGAGAAAAGAAACCUCGCCCAUCUUCUUCGUCCUCUUCUUCGUCUUCUUCGUCCUCUUCUUCGUCUUCGUCUUCCUCUUCCUCUUCUUCGUCGUUUGCUCGUUGCGAUCCGCCUGCGCUGGAGAGGCGCAGAAAAGGGAGCCAGUCUGAAGGCAGUUCGUUGCUGUCUUUGCUAGAGUCGAAGCCGCGCCCGUGUCCCGCAGAGAACCCCGUUUUCCUUUCGUCUUUCGCGAAAAAGACUGAAGAGACGCUCCAGGUUGAGGCGGAAACGUCCGCGUCUCGGCAGGCUGACGCCAACGGAUCGCGCGACGGCGAGAGGAAGAAGGACGAGGAAGAGGAGAGCGAACGUUUCGAGAAGUGUCUUAGCGACAUGAUUCUCGGGAGAAAACGAGACAAGACGCAGCGCACUUUGGUGCCUCAGCGAGAGAAAGGCAGCGCAGAAAACUCACCUUCUGUUCGGGUUUUUUUCGAUUUCCUCGAGAAAGGGAAACAGAGUCACAAGGCGCACCUCUGUGUUCGAGCGUCUGUCGCGUCGAGGCCAAAUCGCAGUGCGAUUGUUUCUGGAAGAAGAGGCGAAGACGAAGAAGGAAAGGCGACACGACACGGAAGUGGCGAAACGCGAAAAGAAGUUUUCUCCCAAGGCGCACUGGCGUUUUACUCUUUCGUCAAAACAAAGCGACGGGAGCUCCUCCGGCGAAAGCUGGAUCAAGGAGUCGUGACGUUCCGGCCUACGCUGUGCCCCACGACAGAGAAACUUCUUCUUAUUCAUCCCGAUCGCCUCUUCGAGACGCCCGACGAGCGAUUGCACCGUCUCGCAGUAGAGGACGUUGAGAGAAGAAGAAAGAAACAGGCGGCCCUUGCCGAACAGAAACUCUGCCCCUUCACUCCCGAAAUCGACGAGGUUUCUCGCAAGAUCGCUGAAAAGCAGCACCGGUCCUUUCAGACACUCAUCGAAGCCUCAAGAUCGCGGCAGGCACCGAAGCACGCAAGAGAAUCGAACGGUCUUUAUUCGGGAGGCGACGCCUCUCCUUCCCCUUUUCCAACUGAUUUUGGGCACGUCUCUUCGCGGGAGACGCCCGAGACAACAGCCUCCUCAUCCGUUUCCGCUUCUUUCUGCGACGACAAAGGUGUAGCUUCUUCGCGUCCCUUUGCGCGUUCUCUCUCGAAGACUGCUCGCCUCGACAGACUGCGGCGCCGCUCGGCGAGUCUCCGAGGAGGCCGAGGGGGAUUCGAUUUGGCGAAGGACACGAAAGAAGAAAGGAAGAAAAACCCGUAUUCGCUUGUGCGAUCAACCUUUCAUGACAUGACGACGUACAUGAGGCGCGUCGAGGAGGAAAGAAAGAGAAAGGAGUCCUUCCGACAACGCUACAAGCAACAGCUGGAAGCAAAGGAAAUGGAGGAAUGCACGUUCCAACCUCGCCUGCCGCACAGUUUGGAGCCGCCCGUGGUAGAGCCGUCCUUCUUGGAGGUUAAGGGAUUCAACAGGUUUAUUGAACUCCGUUUGCUUGCGCAGAAGAAAGAGGAGGAAAAGCGGCGGCGCGAAGUCGAGGUCUUUGGCGCGAGCCUCGGAUCUCCACGGAAGGUCACAUGCCGCACGAACCUCGUCGGCAUCUCAGUGCCCGACUGGGACACCCUCCCUGCAGAGAAUUUCAACGGCAGCGAGAAGGCGAAGAAACCCUCGCGCGCACGGGGCGAAUCCAAGGCGCGAGGCGCGAAACAGUCGCAGACUCGCGCCUCCCGCCAGGCGUGCGACGAUCUGCAUGCGUUUGGAGAUUCUCUGGAAGCGAAGCGUCGCUUCCAGGCGUUCGAGAAGGAAUUCGAGGCCUUUUACGACGGCACAGAGUCGCCGGGUAUCUCUUCGCUAGCCCCGACUCUGAAGAAUCGCAAGAACCGCUCAACUGCGGAAGAGAGAAAAAGUGUCUCACCCACGAGAGCUCAGAGCUGCGCUACCAGUUCUCCCACGCUGCGGGGCAAGGCGGCAAGCAGCUGA